AUGCCUGCUCCCGGUGCCGAUGCUCCUCUUCAGGAGCGCCUGCUCGCGCUCGCGCAGACUCUUCAGUUUGCUUGGUUCGCUGGCCACCUAACCCUUAUCGUCACUACCCUCCGUUACAGCUUCUCGUGGCUGCGCAUGAACUACUACGGCGGCAUGGCCGUCUUCUGCUACCGCACCUCCUUUGUCGCCGCCGCCCUCACCUACGGCAUUGUCGUCUACAAGACCCAAAAGGCUCGCGCCAAGACUGGCACCCAGAUGUCUGGCGGUAUCGUCGGCCUCCUGGCUGAUGAGAACAUUCAGUACCUCUUGAUGGCUCUCGUCUGGCUGAUUGCCCCCCAGUACCCUCUUGCGCUCAUCCCCUACUGCGUCUACUCCACCUUCAACGCUGCCACCUACGUUCGUGCCAACCUGCUGCCCGUCAUCAGCCCUGCGCCCCCCGCCGCCGAAGGCGCCGCCUCGCCUCGCAAGACUUCCAGCCCGCUCGCUGACCGAAUUGGCGCCUUUGUCAAGGAGUACUACGACUCGUCCAUGUCCGUCGUCUCGGGCCUCGAGAUUCUGCUCUGGUUCCGCAUCGUUCUGUCUGCCAUUCUCUUCCAGCGCCGCUCCUGGAUCCUUCUCGGUCUCUACACCGUCUUCCUCCGUGGCCGCUACGCCCAGAAUAGCCACGUCCAGACCUCGUUCGGCCAGCUUGCCGUCCGGAUCGACUCUCUCGUGUCCGCCCAGGGCACCCCUCCCGUCGCCCGCCAGAUCUGGGAUACCGUCAAGAACUACACUCGCCAGUUCCGCGAUGCCACCGAGCUGAGCCGCUACACCGGCGGUGCUGGCCCUGCCAAGAAGACUUCUUAA